CAACAUAUAUUGUGCAUAUAUGAGUCCUUGUAGUUGUAAUAAAUUUUGUCUCCUUGAUGAGCCACCACCCUCUUUCACCAUUGAACUACUCAGCCUUGUAACAUUAAUUGCCUCAUUAACAAAACCCAACCCUCUCCCAAGCCCCUCCACCAAACCUUUCUUUCUACUCUCUAUUCAAACUUCCAUUUUCAAUUCUUCCCUCCCCACUCCCACUAUUUCAUUACAUUCAAUUCAAACCUCUCCCCCUUAGCUUAGCUUUCUUGAAAAACCUUCUCAAGCUAUGAAGCUCAUCCCUUUCCUCUCCAAAUCCUCAGAAACCACAUGGCCAUGGCAGUGCGGCGUCAGCAGCCCCAGAACCCUCUCUUUCCGAGCAGAUGACGCCACCGUUUUCGGCGCCUCUCAACCUUAUCAUCACCCCAACUUCGCCGCCGAUCAGUACUCCUCCCCGGACGAUGACUCCGUCGAGAAGGUCAUCAAAGGGUUGCGGUCGGAGAGGCUGUUUUUCGAGCCCGGACAAACUAGCUCCAAACUGGAGGAGGAGGCGGCGGCGACGGUGGAGGAAGAAUCUCCGUUCAAGGAAAGCGUGGCAAUGUCCGUGGAGUCCACCGACCCUUUUCUGGAUUUCAGGAGAUCAAUGGAGGAGAUGGUGACAGCCCACCAUCAUCACGGCCAUGAAGACGAAGAAGAAUCUGGGUUGAAAGUAUUGGAUUGGGAGUUUCUUGAAGAACUGUUGACUUGUUAUCUCAAAAUCAAUGGAAAAAGCAAUCAUGGCUAUAUCGUUGGAGCCUUCGUCGACUUGCUGGUUUCCCUCUCUGCUCAUUCUUCAUCAUCUCAUCCCUCAAACCACGAAAAGUCUCCGGCCGCCGCCGCCGCCACCGCCGCCAUUAUCCUUCCUCCAUCGUCGUCUCCUUCUUCAUCUUCAAGCAGCAGUAAUGAAAACUGCUUGUUGUCUUGUACUAACAGCCAUUCUUUUACCUCUCCUUUGUCUUUCUGCUCUUCCACUUGUUCCACUAGUCCCUGUUUGUCUUUUCCUCAGGAUCGAGAUUGAAAGAUUCUGCAGACAUCCUUUAAUUCUAUUUUAUUAU